AUGGAGGGUCUGCUCAAUCCUGUGAGUACUUCAUACAAGUCGAAAGACAAGGAAGAGGAUGCUAUCUUGGUUGAAGUGCCUAGAGCAUCCAAAGCUAUUACCAAGCCGACUUUCCAAGCUUCCACUCCAGAAGAGGCUCUCGAGAUUUUGAAGAAUGAGCCAGACUAUGAAGCUCUGAUCUCCACCUUACGAUUUCUUGGAAAGUCGAACCAUGAUUUCAAUAUCACUUCUCCAAGUCCUGUUGCAUCUCAACUAGUCCAUGUCCUCGUCUCAGAAACAUUGCCAAAUUACUGGAACGUCGUAUAUGAACCAGAGGGGAAGAAUUCGAAAGGAGGAAAGCAGAGGAAUAACAGGCGCCUGCCAGAUCUCGAGUUGUUUCUUACAUGUCUCCGAAGUGUCACGGGCUUGAAUGCAAUUUUGUUGUCUCUAAAAAGACAUAUUCAGCUGUCAAAGGAGACGAAAAGGGCUAUAGGCGGUCCAAAUGUACAGGAUAUAUUGACCGUCCUUCUCCAGGCACUAUCAGCGCUUCUCGAAGGGGAUCGGUCAGUUGAGAGGAUCUGGAGUGCUAUAUACGUCUCCUCGGAUCCACCGCAAAAGCAAAGGACCAUUUGGAAUGAAUUCUUAAGCCUGGUUGGGGGAGGCAAGAUCUUGGGAACUGCUGCAGAAGUAGAAGAUAUUGUUAAUGAUCUCAGUCAGAAGAUCGGCGAAAAGUACUGGAUAGCAGAUGGUAGUCUCUAUAGCUCGUGGCUUUCUCGCAAUAUUUCUUAUUGGGUAAACUGUUUGCCAACGGAUUCUGUAAAUGGAUGGAAAUGCUGCAGCGAACUACUAACAAAAACAUUCCGCCUUGGAUAUACAGAGAAAACUCUCAACGAGCUCUUGAAGUCUCUGCUCUUUCAAAGUCAGAGUGAUGAUACUAGAUUCACGAAGCUGCUUUCCAGCUUGCCGACUUUUGAGCAGCGAAAUGUACUCUAUGCUCUUCUACAAAUUAUCUCAAAGGAGCAUCUAUCCACCACGAUCACAUCUAAAGCCGAUUCUUCAUGGUGGAAAUCAGAUGCCAAGGUUGUUUCUGGCGCCGCUGGGCUGAUAAAAUCAUUGGUAAAUAACGAAGAAUCAAGAAAAACUCAGCUGUUGUCAUGGCUGACUAGUUCCACGGGAGCUUGUGUUGGCGAGGGAAUUGCAAUUCGACGUGCAGUUGUAGCAGCUCUUGCUGAGGACAAAUCUGACAUGGAGGCCGUAUUAGAGAAGAGCCUGCUGCAACUUGGGGACCAAUUGUACAUUAAGCAUACUCCUACAAUGCAGCAAGAAGUUCAUACCCAGGUUCUACUUCUCGCUGCAGGCCAGGUCCACCGAAAAGCUCCGCUUCGUCUUUCAAUGAUGAUGAGGUCAGGAGCUCAUUUAAAUGUUGUCACAAACAGACUUGGAUCUUCAUCACCCCGUGCGAGGUUUCUAGGCAUGGUAGUUGGCGAAGCACUGUCUGGAUUAGUUGAUAAAGGGGACAAGAAGAUGGACUUCAAAGUGGAUGAGAUGAGCACUGCUGAGGCAAAUUGGUAUAAGAGCUUGGCCAACGUUUCCGAUACAAUUGGCUCUGCAGACAUAUUAAAGUCCGGAGUAGUCGCUCCGUCAUCAUUCAAAAGUCAACCAAGACCUUCGAAGCCCGUGAAGAAGCCUGCACCUUUUAAUGGAAGCUCGAAGAUCAUUUCGAUCGAAGAAGUCGACGAUGAUGAAGAGGAAGAGGAAGAGGAGUCAGAUGACGAUGGCUUAGUUCCAUACGCCAAACCAUAUUCUGACCCAGAAGACUCAGAUGAAGAUGCCACGAACAUCAUUCGGGACAAAUCUACCGCUCCAGUCUACAUCCGAGACUUGAUAACGUAUUUGCGAGACACCGAUAAUUACGACCGACAGAAACUCGGUCUUCAAACCGCAGCACCGCUCAUUCGAAGAAAGGCGAAUUUUGGAACAGAAGUCAGCUCACAUGCUGAAGAGUUAGCUACUCUGCUUGUAGGGAUACAAGACAAAUAUGACAUGGAUGAUUUCCAAGAUAUGAGGUUACAAGGAAUGAUUGCCAUACUCGUUGCCCUACCCCUGAAAAUGGGCCAGUGGUUCUCCAAGACCUUCUUCGACGGGGACUACUCCAUCUCCCAACGUGCCUCAAUCCUCACCACCCUUGGGCUCGGUGCACGAGAAAUUGCUGGGUUCAGCGAAGAAGCCAGUUCCCUAACCUCAAGUAAGCCCCAACCUGUCCCCUCUUUUCCAAGCAAAACACUCCCAGAAAGCAUGCACAAAAUCUACGCCUCAUCUCCUUCACCCGCCAAACGCGAGCUCAAAUCAACACCCAUCUCAACCCUCACAACACAGCUAGCCAACACAAUGAUAGCACCCAUGGCCGCCUCCCUAGCCGACAAAGCAACAGGUCCCAAUAUCCUAAAAACACGCACCUUUUCAUCCCGCAUGGCUGUUGAAGCUCAACGAAAGAAGCCCACCACCAACGCUCUAGCAAAAGUCGUCGCAGAUGGCUUCUUCUUUCCCCUAACCGGUCGAUUCUUCAUCCACCUCAAAGCCCGCUCCAAUAUUGUCUUUGAUCCUUUCCUCUUAGCUCUAUUUCUGAAAACGAUAGCGCUAUUACUGCACGCCAGCGGCCCGAACAACAUGUCCUUGCCGCAGAUGACGAGCGAGGCGUGGGAUUUAUUACUUGGGCUGAGGACGCAGGCUACGAGUGAUGUAGGCGUGCUUGAGGGUUUGCUGUUUGUGGUUAUGGUAUUGGUCGAGGUUAACUCAGAUAAGAGAGGCUUGGUUGAGGGGUAUGGAAGGCAAAUUUUGGAGAUGCAGGAGUGGGUUGAGGGGGUGUUUGGCAGAUUACAGGGCGUGGGCGGUGAGGAAGAGGAGAAGGUUAGGGUUUUGGCUGCGGGGGUGCUCGUUAGGAUUAGGGAGUGCGUGGAGAAGUAUCAGGCGCUGCUGUUGGGGGAUCUGGCUAGCUUUUGA